GGAGACGGUUAUGGGCUCGAGCCUGGGCCGGAUCCCGGCUGUCUGAGGGGCGCGGAGACCUGCGGGAGGGAGACGGCCGCAGCAUGGCGGCCGGCAGCGCACCGCCCUGCCAUCCGCCUUCCUGUCGCAGCCGCCCGGACCCUGUAGUCCGCGAGUGCUUGCUGUGAGCCCGCCGCGCGUCAGCCUGCCAUCCGCCCGCCCUCCUUCCCUUGUCGCCUCUGCCAGCCCGGGGGGGCGGCCGGGCGCGCCGCAGCCACCCGCCGGGGCCCUUGGACCAUGGAGGACGUGAAACUGGAGUUCCCCUCGCUCCCGCAGUGCAAAGACGACGCCGAGGAGUGGACUUACCCUAUGAGACGAGAGAUGCAGGAAGUUUUGCCUGGAUUGUUCUUAGGCCCCUACUCUUCUGCUAUGAAAAGCAAGCUACCUAUACUGCAGAAACAUGGCAUAACUCAUAUAAUUUGCAUACGGCAAAAUAUUGAAGCAAACUUUAUUAAACCAAACUUUCAACAAUUAUUUAGGUAUCUAGUCUUGGAUAUUGCUGAUAAUCCAGUUGAAAACAUAAUACGUUUUUUCCCUAUGACUAAAGAGUUUAUUGAUGGAAGCUUACAAAAUGGAGGAAAAGUUCUCGUCCAUGGGAAUGCAGGUAUCUCUAGAAGUGCCGCCUUUGUUAUUGCAUACAUCAUGGAGACAUUUGGGAUGAAGUACAGAGAUGCAUUUGCUUAUGUCCAAGAAAGGAGAUUUUGUAUUAAUCCUAAUGCUGGAUUUGUCCACCAACUUCAGGAAUAUGAAGCCAUCUACUUAGCAAAAUUAACAAUACAGAUGAUGUCACCACUCCAGAUAGAAAGGUCUUUAUCUGUUCAUUCUGGUACUACAGGUAGUGUGAAGAGAACAUAUGAAGAUGAUGACGACUUUGGGAACAUGCAAGUGGCAACCGCACAGAAUGGCUGACCUGUGAGGACUGUUAUUGCACAGGAUCGCUGGACUAUGAGGACUGUUACAUGGGUGUGAGCUUCCAUCUAGAAAGGAGAGGAUCCUAGUGAUGAUAAUGUGAAAUGGUAAACACACAAAUACUUUCUUUUCAACUAUACGUUGCUUCCAGACAUGUUUCUCUGCAACUUGUUGAGCAACAAGUUAAGAUGUGGGACUUCUGCAGUAGAUGGCGCUGAUGGACGAUGGGUUUACUUUAAAAAAAAAAAACUAUGGUUUUAUUAUAAACCAAGAAUUUUGGACUUGCAAAGAGGUAUUAUUGCAAUAAUGCACUUUUCAUACUUGAAAUUUAUUUGUAUGAUAUAAAGUUAUUACUUUAAACAAAAUACAAGUUAGGGGGAUUUGUUUAUAGGUUUUGGAUAAUUUAUAACAAAUUUCCUAAUGUUUCCUAAAAAUUCAUUUUGUGUUAUAUAUUACAUUUAAAGUAAUUUUACAGUUCAAUUUUAUGACGGAGCCUCUUACAGAAACAUUAACAAAAUGUAGAACUUGUCCACAUUUUUUAGUAUAAUUCAGUAACUUGAUUACCAUUUUUUUAAACUUCUUGGUCCCGUAUCUUUAAAUCAUGACUUUAGCAACUAGCCUACUUUACUAAUUUAAUACAGUUAAUACUUCCUUUCCAGUUGUCUCCCUUAUUCUAAAUGAGAAAAGUUGUAAUGAUCAAAGAGGUCUUACUUUCUAGAACCAGAUACUCAAAAAUAAGGAUAGUGUUAUGUUUUCCACAUGACUUUUUCCACUUGCUGUUUAAGCCAAAUGUAGACUCGGUCUUUUCAGAGUUGCCUAGCUCUAACUCUUGUCCAAAAUGGUUCAAAGUAGACCAAACCAAUGUAGCACUGUUUCUUCAAUAUGAAACCCCCAAAGAAAAGUGCCUUGCAUCAGCAAACAAGUAAAUCCUCAUGACUUCUAAAUUAGUAUAUAAAGCAGUGAAAAGCUAUUAACGUUUUUCUGUAAUUUCUUGUUUUUGAACCAUAAAUUAAAUCUGUGAUGCUUGACGAAGGUGAAUUAUUUGGAAGGAGACAUUUACUUCUACUUUACGUUGUAUUACUUCUGCAAGGUGCAGCUGACAGCUUUGCUUUGAAGAUGUAUCCCUUGGGGAAAGCAAUUUGUGGGUAGCUUCAGUGUAUUGUAAAUUACUGUUUUAACUUGUUCCUAAAGUAACUCAAAUUUACACCAUGAUUUGCAUUAGCAACGUCAUUUUAUGGCUCUUUAGUUUUCCAUGUUUUUAUCUAUAUGUAUAAAAAUUGUUCUACAAAAAAAUUUAUUAUUGUGUGAUGUGCAGACGAAGUGUUUUUAACUUUUUGUAUAUGAUGACUUUAGGGUAGCACAAACAUGGCUUCUUUAUAGCUCACAUUUCUCAGUCCUUUUUUGAGAUGCUUUACUGUUGAGAAUGAUACCCACACACUUCCAGGAUACCCUGAGGCACUGUGCACGGUUAACAGGUUACACUUAAGUUACUUGCUUUGCUCACACCUUAUGACAUUAACAGUAUAGAAAGGCUCUUUGUCCUUCACAGCGGGAGCCUGAAUAUAGACCAGAGUUACUGUUCCCUUGACCUCUGUCCUCUUCUGGUUUCCCAUCCCGUCCCCUGUCUUUUCAGCCUAAUGAACAGCAUUGUUUUUAAUUCUCUUGUGUCACAGGCAUGGUGGUCUAAUAGAGCCAAGAUCACAUUGGGUAUUAAAAAGUUUCUGUAUACACAUCACCACCCGACAGGUCAACAAAGAUCUCCCUUGGAGUCAACCCAUAAUCUAUGAACAGAAAUUGUGCUUAUUAAAGCAAUCUCCAUUUUAAAAAAAUGUUUUUUCAAGAUGAGACAUUUGAAGUAACUUUUUAAAGUAAGUUUUAUAAAAAUAUGUGUUCCUCUUUAAAUAGGAGUCUGUUCAAAAUUAGAAGUUAUUGACAGUCAUUUGUAGCUUGUAAUUUUCCAUUUUUCUAACCACUGUCAUUUUUUCUUCUCACAUAAAGUGCCUAUCCAGCACGAUAUACUGGAGACAGUCUCGGACACUAGGGACUGCCAUCAUGUUGAGCACAGUUGAUAUGGACAGAUGAGGUCCUUUCAUAAGAAGCCUCCAAGUUUCUUUCCUUCCUCUGCAUUUACUAAAUAGCUUUAGGUUCCAUUUCCAGUGGUGUUUUGUAAUACUAUGAUAAACUAAUCCAAUCAUGAUUUAUUCAUUCUCUAGACAACUUGAAUAAUGUAUGAAUGUUCACCCAGAUUCAACAUUAAAUAUGUAAGCUGGGCUCAUAAUUAAAACAAAAUUUUAUCAAAAUAUAAGGAACUUCAUUACUCCCCGUUUUAACAGAUCCUGGAAACAAGUGGGGAGUCAGUCUUCUCCUCAUUUAACUGAUUCAUGUUAGUUUCUCGUCUACUAGAUGUCCCAGCUCUGUGGUAGGAAUGGUCAAGUGCACUGACUUUGCUACCAACUUUCAACCGCUUGUAGAGCAGAAUAUUCAUUUGAAGGGUGUGGGGUUAUCUAGAAGUAAUGUCAUAAAAUGCUAAGCAUGUCCUCUGUAAUAAAACAUAAGGUUCUUAAUAGUUUAAUUACUAUGAAUUCAGACUACUUAGAAGUAUUUAAGUGCAAUCUUGAAUUAUGAAGUUGAGAUGUAUAUAUUAGGAUGUCAACUUGAUGUAAAGUAAAUGAGCAGUUACCUGAUGGAUCUUUUUUAAUAACUGGUUUAAUCCACAACCCUAAAGCGUAGCUUCACUCAGUAUUUAUAGUAUCUUUGUCCAUUCAACAACACUCCAAUAAGGAAAUAGUAGGAAAUAGCUGAGAAUUACUGGAGGAUUUUAUUUAUUUUUAUUAGGAAAAUAAGUUUCUAGAGUCUUGAGUGCUGGAUAAUUCUUUUGUCUUUCCCAUUCAUGGCAGCUAAAAAAAAAAAAAAAUCACUCAAAAUAUUCAGGUUUACAUGUUAUGCUCUUAUAAGGAGCUAUCAUACCUCACAAUUCAAAGUGUUUUCUCAAUCAGUAACAUGAUACUGACAUGUAAUUGCAAUUUACUAUGCAGCAAUGAUUCAAGAGAAAUAACAUGCGUGUCUAUUUACCUCUGUAUAGGCAAUGCUUACAUUACUCUACUUUCAACAUUUGUACUCUGAUAAAUGCUUAUGUAUGUAUAGGAAUGUCACAGUGAAGAUGCUGCUAGCCCGGGCACAGAGUAUUAAAGUUAUUUUGUGCAGACUGGUGGUUGUAUUAAAACUGUGUGCCAUUCUACUUCA